CUAGUCAAAUAUAAAAGGAAAACACAAAAUCAGAGUAGACAUAUUUUUUUUAAAAAUAAAAUAAAAUAAAAUCUGAUGUGGGUAAUUUAGACCUUUCAGAGGACGAGUCGAAGGCCAGUGGCCUGGAGAUGUGAAGGGGAUUAGGCUGUGGAUGAUUUUGGAUGAGGCGCGCCAAAAAAAAAAAAAGAAAAACAACAACUACCCCAAUUCUUCUCUUCACUCUUCGUCAUCAUGGCUUUUGCCUUUUGUUCUCCUUCUUCUUCAACAAUCUCACACAAUUACACCAACAACAACAACAGUGGCAGGGUCCCAUCUUGUCUAAAUCACUGUUUCCUCACUGUCCAUGACCCAUUUCCCUGCUCCCAGUUCAAUGGCCGAUUUCAAUUCCCUACUCGGAGAUUACUUUACUCAAAGAUCACUUCCAUUUUUGCCAGAAAGGACCCUUUUGUGGAAUCCACCAACUGCUGUAAUACUAUCACUGACAGAAUAAAUUUACUGGAUUGCUUAGAGAAGAAAUUUUGUAGUGCCAUUGCUGCCCUCUUUAUUUUUCAGCAACUGACAUGUCCGGUACCUUUAGCUGGUUGGGCUCCAUCGUCUCUUCCUCCAGCAGAAGCAAUUCUAUAUUCUCCAGAAACAAAGAUUCCGAGGACAGGGGAACUAGCUCUGAGAAGAGCAAUUCCAGCCAACACUGACAUGAAAGCUAUACAGGAUUCUCUUGAGGAUAUUUCAUACUUGUUGAGGAUACCGCAGAGGAAACCAUAUGGCACAAUGGAGGGGAAUGUGAAAAAAGCUCUGAAGAUUGCUACAGAUGAAAAGCAAUCCAUAUUGUCGAGCAUACCUGCUGAGUUGAGAGAGAAGGGUUCCAUUGUAUAUGCAUCUCUAGUAGACGGGAAGGGUGGUUUACAAGGCCUUCUUAAGAGUAUAAAAGAUCAGGAUCCAGAUAAAGUAUCAGUUGAUCUUGCAUCUUCGCUUGAUACGGUUGCAGAAUUGGAACUGUUACAGGCUCCAGGGUUAUCAUUUUUGUUGCCCAAUGAGUUCUUAAAUUAUCCAAGGCUUACUGGAAGAGGGGUGGUUGAAUUUACUAUUGAGAAGGGAGAUGGUUCUAUGUUUUCUCCAGAAGCUGCAGGUGAAGCAAGAAGCACCGCAACCCUCCGGGUUGUCAUAGAUGGCUAUUCAGCACCAUUGACGGCAGGGAACUUUGCAAAGCUGGUGAUCGAUGGGGCGUAUGAUGGGAUGAAGCUGAAAUCUGUAAAUCAGGCCGUAAUUACUGAUGGUGGACUUGGAAAUGACAAAGGCUACAGCGUUCCCCUUGAAAUCAAACCUUCUGGUCAAUUUGAGCCUCUUUACAAGACAUAUUUAAGUGUGCAGGAUGGGGAGCUUCCUGUUCUACCAUUAUCAGUUUAUGGAGCCGUUGCUAUGGCUCAUAGCGAUUCCUCGGAGGAAUAUUCAUCACCCAAUCAGUUCUUCUUCUACCUCUAUGACAAAAGAAACUCUGGCUUAGGCGGUUUAUCUUUUGAUGAGGGUCAAUUUUCUGUAUUUGGGUAAGUCAGUCAUUGAUGUUCAAUCUGAAGAAAAUGGCAUGAAGUGAGAAUUCAGUCGAUUCCUUGAUUGAAAAGGUAUUGACUUCCCUCCGCAGGUAUACAACAGCUGGAAGAGACACUCUUUCUCAGAUAAAAUCUGGUGAUAUUAUUCGAUCUGCAAAACUAGUGGAAGGUGGAGAUCGCCUUGUACUACCCAAAAAUGAUUCUUGAAGUUGGUCACUCCAUUCCGCUUCUUCCUGGUUUUGGGCCAGGUUUGUAUGCUAUUCUUUUAGUGCAAAGUAUUAGCAUCCACAGUUGUUUGGAGGCAUUGGCAAGUUAGCCAUCUGGAAAACUCUGGUCACUGACCUUUUCGUUUUACUUCGCAUACUUUGGUUUUCAGAUUUCUGUAUUGUUCUUUUAUUUUAAAUAUAUUCAGCAGUAGAAUAAUUAACAUCUGAAUUCAUGAUAUGGCUAUUGUUUGGACUGACUAUUCAUCAUUGACAUUGGAGAAAAAAUAUAUGGAACCAAGUAACUGUGUUGAGAGUGAUCAAAGAAUUUGGUUACACCACAAUAUAUGCUGAAAAUCCCACACCUCGAAAUUUUAUAAAUUGCAUUAUACACAAACAAACAAGUUUGAACUGUUUGGAAUCCGAAGUGGGCUCCAAAUUUGAGUGGCUCACCAAGCAGCCAACUCUUCAUGCUAUCCAAGAAUCUCCCCCAUUCCAGAACAGUUGAAGAUGUCAAAGGAAGGACACAUACUCAAGAUUUUUUCAGGGUGUAUCUUUCUUGCCCACAAACUUUAUAAACUGUUAAUUGGGCCCUUUCUUUUGCAACUAUGGACAACCAGUAGAAACAGUAGCAACAAAGAAGAUUCCGAUUCAUAUGAUCAUCUGUGAUAAACUGUUAUUAUAUGAUGAUUAUAUCAGCCAUUUGAGUGGAUCUUAGCUGCAAUCUUUUCUUCACCCAAAAAAAAAAAAUUGCCUUUUGGCUAGAUGGUGAGUAUUUUUAUUGCAAAAUGAUUGUCAUGCGUUAUGAAACAGAGAGAUUAUGUAACCUAAUUAAGAAUUCCUUAAAAUAAAAGGUGGCAGUGGCCUGCGGGCAAAAAUGAAAAUCUUCUAUUUGUUUCAUUUUUUCAUGGUUUUUUCAUAAUAAUAUAAUUACUAUCCCAUUUGAUGAUACUUUUUUACAUUUCAAUACAUUUUUUUUCAUUCUUAAUAAAAAAACACGUAAAAAUACACACUAAAAAACUAACCAAACACA